AUGUCGGGCAGACAGCUGUGCUCGAAGCGUUACCGGGAGUUCGCAAUACUUCAUCAGAACCUGAAGAGAGAGUUUUCCAACUACAAUUUCCCAAAGCUGCCAGGGAAAUGGCCCUUCUCUCUGUCUGAACCACAGCUGGAUGCUCGCAGGAGGGGGUUGGAGGAAUACCUGGAGAGAGUGUGCUCCGUGCGGGUCAUAGGUGAGAGUGACAUUAUGCAAGAAUUCCUGUCUGAAUCAAAUGAGAACCACAACGGCAUAAAUGAUGUCGAGCUACGGAUAGCGCUUCCUGAUAAAACCACAGCCUCAGUGAGAGUCAGAAAGAAUAGCACCACUGACCAGGUUUACCAGGCUCUUGUCGUGAAGGUUGGAAUGGACAGCAUCAUGGCUAGUUACUUUGCUCUCUUUGAAGUUAUUAACCACUCGUUUGUGCGCAAAUUGGCUCCUAAUGAGUUCCCGCACAAGCUCUAUGUUCAGAACUACACAUCAGCUGUACCCGGGACGUGUCUCACGAUGCGGAAGUGGCUCUUCAGCACACAGGAAGAGGAACUGCUGCAGGACAACCCUCUCGCUCUGCACUACUGCUUCCAUCAGGCACAGGAUGAUUUGAAGAAGGGAUUCAUUAAAGCAGAGGAUAAGGCAUACCAGCUGCAAAAACUAGCAGAACAGAGAAAAAUGACAAUGUAUCUGAGUCUUUUGCGCUCAUGUGAGGGAUAUAACGAGGUAAUGUUCCCUCACUGUCCAUGUGACUCACGGAGGAAAGGUCAUGUGAUCACAGCCAUCAGCAUGAAGCAUUUCAAACUGCACGCCUGCACAGAGGACGGCACUCUUGAGAAUCAGGUGAUCAUGUUCGAAUGGUCAGAGAUGCAAAGAUGGGACACAGAUGAAGAGGGAAUGGCCUUCUGCUUUGAAUAUGUGCGCGGAGAAAAGAAGCCUCGCUGGGUCAAAAUAUUCACUCCCUAUUUUAACUACAUGCACGAGUGCUUUGAAAGGAUUUUCUGUGAGCUCAAGUGGAAGAAAGAGGUUGAAGACGAGGCCUCGGACAAAGGCAAUAAGAACUGUAGUAAUAAUGAUUACCUCUCGCCGCUGGAGCAACAGAAGGGAUGGUGCCACCUAGGGGGCGAGAUUGCCACUUCCUAAAACUCCUCUCUAGAGCCUGUGGAAUUGCGCUGGAUCAUCACACUAGAGCAGACCACCAUAACGACCAUGUUACCACAGCAACACCCUAGCGACGCCAUACCAACCAUGUUUCCAUGGAGACAAAAGUGUGCCUUUCAGAUGCAGAGCAUUCCAUAUGGCAACCACGGCAACGCAAAAUGCCAUUAUCAUGGCAAAGCAGACACAUAACAAUCGCUACGGGGAUGUUUUGCACCAAUGGGUUCUGUUGUUAUUUCAUCAAUAGAUACUUUGAACUCGCAUAAGUACAUGUAAAAUACCACAUAGGACAAGACCUUAAGAUCUUCCAUGCCGUCGGUUUAGGAGACAUGCUCUUUUGUAAGUCUACUGGCUGGAUUUUGGAGAGCAUUAGCUAAAGUAGAGCACUGUUAUCAGGGCAGCGUAGUAACAAAAGACCACUUUGUGAUUUAAACAGCAGCCGCUAUCACAAUUGUUAAAAAAUUGAUAUAUAUGGGAGGGGGAAGUCAUGCCUUAACAAAAAUUAAUUUGUGUAGCAAGGUCACCAUACAAACAGUUAAUAUGGGAUCUCUCUAAAAUCAUAUUGGGAUGGCAUGAUUGCUUGGUUUUCCCAGUAUAGCUGACUAAAAUGAGCUCAUUUUCUUUUUACUCCCCAUUAAAUGAGGAGUUAACAAGUGUGUGGGAGCAGUAAGAAGUGUGUGUGUAAUUAAGAAGUAAAAGGACAGGAGUGUUUAUGGACAGGUGUAGUUUGCAUAAGCGACCUGUAGGGGGUCCCUGCAUCAAACACAUAAGCAGCUGCGCUCAGGAUACAGUUGUAUUUGAGUUGUUUAUUUGUUAGUCUCAGAGGGAACAUCAUCGAGUCUUCGUCUGAGUUGGUUUUAGUGUUAUUUAUUGUUCAAGACUGCAGAGGCUUGCCUUGCUCAGUCAUAGAGAGACAACACAAUAAGGGACAGAUUGAGAAUAUCAGAGCAGUUUGAACAGUGUUUCUUUUCUUAUAUGGUUUCAGGAAAAAGAACAGAAGGCAAUUGCUUUCAAAUUCAUUUACAAAUUCCCCACCGAGUGCUAAAAUAACA